ACGAACAAUAGAUUCAUACUGCUCCCAGCAUGUGCUUGUUAUCUAGACUUUUCCCCUACUGGAUGCUUCGGGAUGAGCGCCUCGGGCCAGUCGUAUGCGGGGCGUUGGGGCUGAGACCCCGCAGCCUUCUCGAUAUAUAAGCUACAUCCUACGCCUCUCUUCUCCUACAUAACGGUGGAUACACUAUAUCCACCGUCGCCGCGAUGUCUAGACUAUCUGGCUAUCGACAAAAUUCGUACGUUUCACAGAAGAAGUCCCAGUCGUCCGAAAACUUCGCCCUGGACGACCGAGAGCAAGGACUGAAUCGAGAUGAGAGGUUGCCUAAGUCCACAGUUCCUCCGCAGAUCCAAACACCAGUGGAGGGGAACAGCGAAGAGAAACGCGGCUUCUCGUUCUCCGGUCUUUUUCGUCCCAAGCCUAAACAUACAAAACCUCGGAGUGACUCUACUCAAAGGUCAAACGAAACCUUCGUCGCUCACGUGCCGUAUCAAUCAUCUCUAGAUGUGAUGACUACUCGACACAUAGACAGUGAUGGCUAUGCCUCUGGCUCUGAGUCUGGAAAUAGUACGCCAAUGGAUGGGCUUCCUAUAGCCAGUCAAUUUACACGAUCGAGUGAGGAGAUACAGAGUACGGCCUUCGAUAGAGCCAUUCUACCUGAUACUCCCAAAGACGCACAGACUGGGCACUCUUCGAUCAAUGUCAAUGAUGACCCAAGCGAAUCCGUCCAUGAGAUGGAAAGGGCACCACAGCGCGAAAGGUCAAAACCUCGCCGGGGAAGGAGACCUCCACCGGUAUCGUAUUUGAAUCAGCGCACGUACGCUCAGAGAUAUAAAAGGCUCGCGGACAUCGCAAAACCGGAUGCUGAACUCUCAUUCGAUGAAGUCUCGGUAAGUGGCGAGAUAGAAGAUCAGUUGGAGGCCAGUAGGGUCAACAAACAUCGGGUAGCUCAUGUCGAACACGUUGCGCAUCAGGUGCCGACGGUGCGUGAUUCUAGUCCUUUAUCUCCGGCCAUGGCCAAUCUCAACAGUUCCCCAAAACGUCGGAUGGUGGAGGUUGAUGCAGACCUUGAACCCGAGCUCGAAGCAAUGCCAUCAAAGCCGCCAAAGCAAGAAGCGUUCGAGAAGGCUAUGCAGCACGAGCGGGAUCCGAAUGUUUAUGGAUUGGACUUUGAACACCGAUUGUUUGGAUCGCAAGACGAAGAUCCCAUCGUAGUGUGCAAUGUCCUUGGGCACGGGACGCUUGGAAUAGUCGAAGAAGUACGCCGCAGAAACACCCAGCUGCCCACAUUUGUUCGAAAACGGGUGCAAUUGUCAGCUCGCAAGCAGCAGGCCAAAGCCACCUUGCGAAUCAUCCAAGAAGAAGCGAGAAACCUGAAAUCCCUGGUUCAUCCGCAUAUCGUUACUUUGAUUGGGUCCUACGAGGAAAUGAAGCAAAGCAACCGACAUUUCUACUUCCUCCUCAUGUGCCCAGUGGGUGACAAUGACCUAAAGAAUUUUCUCGAUAUUGCAGGAGACCAAAUUGAGCAGGACCCAUUAUCCACACUAUCGAGUACAUGGAGAGACUGGAUCUGGUCCUGGUUCCCCUGCCUCGCAUCUGCGUUAGCCUAUAUGCACGAGAAGGGAAUCCGACAUCAAGAUAUAAAGCCGUCGAACAUCAUACACAAAGGCAAUCGAGUGUAUUUCACAGACUUUAGCUCCUCCUGCGCGUUCGAAGUCGGCCAUACCACGUCCACUGAGAACCCAUCACGCUCAUCCCCCAUGUACGCUGCCCCUGAGAUCACGGAUAGAUAUACCGGAAGCCUCGCAAGGCAUGGUCGCGCAUCGGAUAUCUUCGCUCUUGGCUGUGUCUUCUGCGAUAUGUUGACGGUUAUGAAGGAACGAACAAUUUUUUCCUUCCAUCAAUUCUUGGUGGACUGGCCUGCAGAUAGAGAAGAUACGAGCUACGAGCGAGGUCCGUUGCAUUAUAGCCGAAAGAUAGAAUCUAUCAGCAGCUGGUUUUCUAUAUCGAGAAUCUUCAUCGACAAUGUCUCGUUCAUGCUGCAAUCAGAUCGCAAUCAGCGGCCAACUGCGGCUGAUGUUCUGCAACGGCUUGUCAUUAAUCACGUAUUCGACAAUGACUGCGAAUGUUGGAAGGAUAUAUCCGCGGAUGAAUCUCCAUCCCGAAAGGAUCAUGGUGCAAUUGAUGUUCCCCGUGAAUAUGGCUCGAUGCUGCGAAUAACUCCUCGCUUCUAG